AUGCCUCCUCCCCCUCCUCCUCCACCGCCGCCGCCGCCUGGAGGACCUGGCGGCCCUCCUCCGCCCCCUCCACCAGGUCAACUUCCAAGCCGGCCAGCAAAAGGCGAAGUGAAAGAUAGGGGCGCACUGCUAUCUGAUAUCCGUGGAGGCACUCGUUUAAAAAAGGCCGUCACCAAUGAUCGCUCUGCACCGAUAAUCGCGAGCUCAGGAGGAGGCUCGGCAGCUCCUCCGAUCGGAGGAGCCCCUCCGGUUCCUGGCUUGAAGACGCCAUCUGGCCUCGCACCUCCCGUCCCAUCAGCGGCAAACCGGGCCCGAAGUAACAGCGAAGGAGUGACCGGCACCGAUGGUGCUGCGGAUGCGCCCGCUUCUCAAUUAGCAGGCUUAUUUGCGGGUGGAAUGCCCAAGUUGCGCAGUCGCGGGGGUAUUGCUACCGGUGCCACUCGCGACUCUCCCUACAUGUCAGACUCGGAGAGUGCACGCCGAGCGCCUGCUGCUCCCGCCCCAAAGCCUCCAACGGCUCCCAGGCCACCUGGAGCACGACCGCCUCUCCCUCCACCAUCAACAGAGUCACCAUCUGCUGCGCCCAUCAACCCGUUGGUUGCCAGCCUUAAGAAGGCGCCGCCGCGCCCCGUCUCUACAUCAUCCAAGACUGCGCCUCCGGAAGCUCCCCCUCCACGCGCACCUCCUCCACCUCCGGCGUCGCGGAAACCAUCUGCUCCUCCGCCUCCGCCUCCCUCUGCUAGCCCUGCUGCACCCCCACCACCGCCUCCCUCUGCCAGCCCUGCUGCACCCCCACCGCCGCCUCCAUCUGCUGCCCCCCGGGCACCUCCACCUCCACCCUCUGGCGCUCCGCCUUCUCUUGCUGCACAGGCAGCCCGCACAGCCCUGGGGCAUACCAACAGCUCACCGGUGGCGCCGCCACCACCACCGCCAGCCUCUGCUCCGGCUGCACCGCCUCCCCCUCCCCCCACAUCGCCUCCUAUCGUGCCUCCCAGCGAGCCUCCAGCCCGUCCAUCUCCCGUUCCUGUUCGACCCGCUUCGCACGAGCCUCACGCAACAUUGGAUCCCAGCGCCUACACCCUGACCAACGGCGGCGGGUCUUCGCCGACACCCAGUUCACGGAGCCCUUCGGCCCAUGGCAAUGUUCGCGUCGAAGAUACCCGGUUCAAAUUCCAGGGCGAGGGGCUACUCCCCAAGCCACGGCCGUUUACUGGAGGAGCUCGGCGGUACCGAGCCGGGCGAGGCAGCAGUGUGCCAUUGGAUCUCAGCGCGCUGAGUGGCUGA